AUGGACCGCGGAAAACGUAAAUCUAUAAGUCCCCAGGUAGAGGAUGAACAGAUCAACUCCAGUGACCGGCUCACUGUGCAGCCAAUAAAGUCGUGGAAAGGCUAUAUCUGGGAUACAUGGGAGCUGCCUCCGGAUCAGCGUUGGCUGUUAUUCAAAGUCGACGCCUUUGUCCUUACUUUUGCCUCAAUCGGGUACUUCUUGAAGAAUCUCGAUCUUAACAAUAUCAACAAUGCCUUUCUCAGUGGCAUGAAGGAGGACCUGAAUAUGUACGGGAACCAGCUGGUUACUAGCACGUCUAUCUACACGGUGGGAUAUCUGGAGGUUGGUUGGGGAAUAGCCACAAUUUGCACGUCCAGUGUGCAGUCGUAUCGGUCAUUAUACGCCAUCCGCUUCUUGGUUGGGCUGUUCGAAUCCGGCUUCUACCCUGGUAUCCACUACCUACUCGGAUCGUGGUACACUCCACGUGAGAUAGGAAAGAGAGCCAUGGUUUUCUGGCUUGCCGGCUCAAUUGGAACGCUAUUCAGCGGAUUCCUACAAGCAGCAGCCUACACCAACCUGAACGGUGUGCAUGGCCACGCAGGCUGGCGCUGGCUGUUUAUUAUCGAUGGCAUUAUCACGCUGCCGCUUGCCGUAGCGGGAUUCCUGUUCUUCCCUAACCUCCCACAAGACGGCAAGAAAACGUGGUGGACGACAGAAGACGAGCAUAUUCUUUCUGUCAAACGCAUGGAGGCUGUUGGUCGUGCGGGAAAGGAGCCCUGGACGGUCGCCAAGGCCAAGAGAAUCUUCCUCAGCUGGCAUACAUAUCUUCUCCCCUUACUAUACAUCGUGUGGAAUAAUGGUUACCCGCAAGCCGGUAUGGGCUACUGGCUGAAGAGCUUCAACACGACCCCUCCUCCUGUGCCGGGUACAUCGUUUUCGGUGCCGCAGAUUAAUAAUUAUCCAAUGGUUACAACCGGAAUAUUUGUUGUGGUAGCUUUGAGCUGGGGUUGGCUUUCCGAUGGGUGUCGCGGUAUACGGUGGCCCUUCAUCUAUGCGGGUGCGAUCAUCACGACAGUGUUCUGCGUGCUCCUCCGCCAGAUGCCGCUCUAUGAGAAUAUCAACGGCCGUAUGGCUGUGUAUUGGCUGAGUAACAUUGGCAGCGGUGCUGGUCCCCUCAUCUUGAGUUGGAUCAACGAAAUCUGUUCAGCGGACACCGAGAAAAGAGCAUUAAUUGUUGGUCUGGCGAACGAUCUCGCAUACGUCGUCCAGGCGGUGGCACCGAACUUUGUCUGGAAGACCACCGACUUUCCAGCUGCCAAGAAGGGUUAUUUGUGGGAUAUUGUCCUGCAGUGUCUACUCAUUCUUGUUACUGCUGCUAUUCAGUUUCAACUCUGGAGGGAUCGACGAAAGUCGUCCGCUGGUGGAGAGGACGAUGGCUUCUCGUCCGACUCGCAGAGCGACGACCCACCACGACAGGAAAGUCAUAUUGAGCUUGGAAAGAUAGUCUGCACCGAGGUCGUGGCGGUAUAA